AUGUGUGUCCUGUGUUUCCCCAAGGCUCUGGCCCACGUCUUUAAAAUCUAUUUCAAGGCCAGUUAUAAUUUCGAAUCCAGGACCUGGCCCAUCGAAUUCCAGUGGGACGAGCCGUACAAUGGUGGCAAUGCCCGAGGCUGUAUCAGAGGCCGAGGACGCCAGAUCCUCGUCAAAGCGGCGUCGCAACUGUUCCCGCCGGUAUCGGCGUUCGUCGGGCCAGGCGGAGACCGGGUUACCGGCUGGCGCUUUCUCAGUGGCGCCAAACAGCUGCCCGGCCAACUGGCCAGCUACGUCAUGGCCCACUCCUUAGGUCGCUGGCUGCUCUACCCGGGCUCCAUGUUCCUCCUGAACCAAGCCUUGCUGCCAAUCCUGGCAAAGGGUCAAGCUCGCCUCCAGGAGGAAUACCACGGGAAACGUGCCAAGCUGAUGGCUCGGGAUGGGAAUAAGAUCGACACCAUGUUUGUGGACAGGAGGGCGGCGGCGGACGCGGCGGAACAUCGAGGGAAGCAGCUCGUCGUGUGUUGCGAGGGGAACGUCAGCUUCUACGAAUGGGGUUGCCUUUCCACCCCCUUGCAGACCGGAUAUUCCGUGCUGGGGUGGAACCACCCCGGUUUCGGGGGGAGCACCGGCCAGCCCUACCCGCAGAACGACGCCAACGCGGUGGACGUGGUGAUCCAGUAUGCAACCCGCUGCCUGGGCUUCAAGCUGCAAGACAUCAUUGUCUACGGUUGGUCCUUGGGGGGCUACUCAGCCACCUGGGCUGCGAUGACCUACCCGUCGCUCGGGUCCUUGGUCUUGGACGCCACCUUUGACGACCUGCUUCCCUUAGCCCUGAACGUCAUGCCCAAGAGCUGGAAGAAGCUGGUAGUGCGGACGGUGAAGGACCACUUCAACCUCAACGUGGGCGAACAGCUGUGUAAGUACUCUGGGCCGGUCUUGUUGAUCCGGAGGACCAAGGACGAGGUCAUCACCACCUGUCCGGAUCUCGAGGACCAGGUCACCAAUGUCCGCUACAACAGGGCUAACGAACUCCUGCUCCAACUGCUGGAGCAUCGCUACCCGGACGUCAUGACGCACGAAGGGCGGGCCGCGGUCCACGACUGGCUCAGAGCCGCCAACCCCAGCCAGGAAGCGGCGAUCUGCCGCCGUUAUAAGGUCGACGAGGAGUGGUGUCUCGGGGAGCUCCAGAGCUACAAGUCGGGCCAAGGACUCGAAAUCCGUUUCCCUUGGAGGGUCGGGAAGUUUAUGGCCUCCAGAGACAAGCAGCAGAUAGCCCUCUUUUUAGCACAGAAGCAUAUGAAAAACAUUGAGGCCUCACACUGGUCCCUACUUAAACCCAACGAUUUCCAGAUGCCCUGGAAGUUAUAG